UGAAGACACUCACCCAUGGAGGUGAAGACUUUGAUAAUAGAAUGGUGAUUUACUCUGUUGAGGAGUUUACGAGGAAACAUGGUUUGGCAUCAGUGGAAACUCAGGAGCACUUGAGAGGUCAAGGAAUGCUUGUGAGAAGGCAAAGAGGAGACUCAUUUACGUCUUUUGUAGAAGAUGAAAUUGAUUGUUUGUAUCAAGCUACGGAUUUCUAUAUAAAUAUCACCCGGGCCAAAUUUUAACAACUGAACAUGGAUAUCCUUAAGAGUAUAGAUCCUGUGGAGAAGUGUUUGAGGGAUGCUAAAAUGAACAUAACCAGUGUCCAUGACGUUGUUGUUUCUGGUGGCUCUUCUAGAAUUCCCAAAUGCAGCAGCUUGUUACAGGAGGUUUUCAAGGGAAAGGAGCUUUGCAAGGGCAUCAAUCCGGAUGAAGCGGUGGCCAACGGGGCCGGUGUUCAUGCUGCUGUCUUGUGUGGGAAUGGAACUGGGAAGCUUCAAGAUUUCACUUUAUUGAAUGCCACCCCCUUAACAUUUGGGAUGGAGACUUUAGGAAAACAUGUCAUGGGAGUUGUUAUUCCAAGAAGCAUGAGAGUUACCAUGGAGAAGAAGACGACUUUAGUUACUAUAUGUGAUAACCAACGUACCAUCACCUUCCCCAUUUAUGAGGGAGAGAGCAAAACACUCUUUUGGGUGAAUUUAAACUCCAUGACAUUCCUCCAGCUCCCAAGGAUGUUCCUAAAUUCGACGUUUGCUUUGAAAUUGAUCCAAAUGGUGUGUCCUGGCUGUCUCUGCUGA